AGAUUCACCAAAUCUAUUUGCAUAAUGUCCAAAUUUUUGAGAAACAUCUGGUCAGCUGGUAGUCGCCAGCUUGGCUUGAGUGCUCAAAGAAGGCUAUUCCAUCAAAGUGCACUUAGAAGAACUUAUGAAGAAGAAAAAGUUGUUAUCGAUCAAAUUGUUUCCAAAUUACCGGAACAAGAUCUUGCAAUUGCUUCAAGAAUGCGUAAUAUUGGUAUUUCUGCUCAUAUUGAUUCUGGUAAGACCACAUUCACCGAACGUGUGUUGUUCUAUACCGGUAGAAUUAAAGCCAUUCAUGAAGUUAGAGGUCGUGAUAAUGUUGGUGCCAAGAUGGAUUCUAUGGAUUUAGAAAGAGAAAAAGGUAUCACUAUUCAAUCCGCUGCUACAUACUGUUCUUGGGAUAAAGAUGACAAAAACUUCCACUUCAAUUUAAUUGAUACUCCAGGCCACAUUGAUUUCACCAUUGAAGUUGAACGUGCCUUGAGGGUUUUAGAUGGUGCUGUUUUAGUUGUUUGUGCUGUUUCUGGUGUCCAAUCUCAAACUGUUACUGUUGAUCGUCAAAUGCGUCGUUACAAUGUUCCAAGAGUUACUUUCAUUAAUAAGAUGGAUAGAAUGGGUGCUGAUCCUUUCAGAGCUAUUGAUCAAAUUAACAAGAAAUUGAAAACUCCAGCCGCUGCAAUUCAAGUUCCAAUCGGUGCUGAAUCUAAUUUGAAAGGCGUUGUUAAUAUUAUUGACAGAGUUGCUUUGUACAAUGAAGGUUCACAAGGUGAAGAAAUCAGAACUGCUGAAGUUCCAGCUGAUUUGGUUGAUCUUGUUGAAGAAAAAAGAGCUUUAUUGAUUGAAACCUUAGCUGAUGUUGAUGAUGAAAUCGCCGAAAUUUUCCUUGAUGAGGGUGAACCAACCACUGAACAAAUUAAGAAUGCUAUCCGUAGAGCUACUAUUGCCAGAAAAUUCACUCCAGUUUUGAUGGGUUCUGCGUUAGCUAAUACUGGUAUUCAACCAGUUUUAGAUGCUGUUGUUGAUUAUUUGCCAAAUCCAUCUGAAAUUCUAAACAAAGGUUUGGAUAUAUCUGAGGGUGAAAAGCCACUUGACUUGAUUCCAUCAAGUAAAGAAGCUUUUGUUGGUUUAGCUUUCAAAUUAGAAGAAGGUAAAUAUGGUCAAUUAACCUAUUUACGUGUUUAUCAAGGUCGUUUGAAAAAGGGUGGGUUCAUUACUAAUGUUAAGACUGGUAAAAAAGUUAAAGUUUCACGUUUAGUGCGUAUGCAUUCAAAUGAUAUGGAAGAUGUUAAUGAAAUUGGUCCUGGUGAAAUUUGUGCUACUUUUGGUAUUGAUUGUGCUUCAGGUGAUACAUUUACUGACGGUGUUGCACAAAUUACCAUGUCUUCAAUGUUUGUUCCAGAUGCUGUUAUUUCCCUUUCAAUUACUCCAAAAUCUAAAGAUACCACAAAUUUCUCCAAAGCUAUGAAUCGUUUCCAAAAGGAAGAUCCUACCUUCAGAGUCAAAUAUGAUGGUGAAUCUAAAGAAACCAUUAUUUCAGGUAUGGGUGAGUUACACUUAGAAAUUUACGUUGAACGUAUGAGACGUGAAUAUAAUGUUGACUGUGUUACUGGUAAACCACAAGUUUCUUAUCGUGAAGCUAUCACAAUGCCAUCUGACUUCGAUUUCACCCACAAGAAACAAUCUGGUGGUGCUGGUCAAUAUGGUAGAGUUGCUGGUUCAUUAUCACCAGAAGAUGGUAAAAAUAUCUUUGAAACACACAUUGUUGGUGGUCGUAUUCCAGAUAAGUUCUUGGUUGCUUGUCGUAAAGGUUUCGAAGAAGCCUGUGAAAAGGGUCCAUUGAUUGGUCACAGAGUGUUGGGUGCUAAAAUGUUCAUCAAUGAUGGUCAAAUUCAUGAAGUCGAUUCCAAUGAAUUGUCUUUCAAAGCUGCUACUUUAGGUGCUUUCAAACAGGCUUUCAUGAAAGCUAACCCAGUUAUUUUGGAACCAAUUAUGAAUGUUUCUGUUACUGCUCCAGGUGAAUUCCAAGGUAAUGUGAUUUCACUUUUGAACAAAGUUCAAGCUUUAAUCCAAGAUACCGAAAUUGCUGUUGACGAAUUCACCAUCAGUGCUGAAUGUCCAUUAAACCAAAUGUUUGGUUUUGCUACCGCCUUAAGAGCUUCAACACAAGGUAAAGGUGAAUUCUCCUUAGAAUUCAAACAAUAUGCACCAACUCCAGUUCACUUACAAAAACAAUUAAUGGCUGAGCACCAAAAGAAAUUAGCCGAACAAGCUGCUGCUAAGAAAUGAUUUAUUGACCUAUUCUUUUAUAUAUCGACUAAUAGAUAUUUGUAUAUAGUCUCCAAAAU